AAGCUAGAUGACUGGGUAUAUGUGAAGGUGUUCAAGGACCAUACAAGGUAAUUCUAGCAAUGGCUACAGCAGUUAAGGUAGAUGGACUGAACCCGUGGAUCCACAUCAGCCUCUGCAGCCCAGCUGAAGAGCCUGACAAACAGAAAGGGCCCGGGAGGCUGAUGACUAAAGGACUAACACUCAUAGUUGUCGGUCAUAUCAACUUCAUUCUGGGCGCCAUCGUUCAUGGCAGCGUUUUACGACACAUCUCUAAACCCACUGGGAAAAUACCCACACAGUACACAGUGUCCAAUAUCAUAGCCGUCACUUCAGGACUGCUGAGCAUUGCAAGUGGAAUUGUUGCAAUAUUGGUGUCAAGGAAUAUUAAGAACUUCAAACUACAUGUGGGCCUGUUGGUGAGCUCCUUCUUAAACGCGCUGCUCUCCGCAGCCUGCUGCGUUGGGCUACUGCUGGCCAUCAGCCUCACUAUUUCAGCCAACGGCAGUGCCCUCAUGCAGGGCUGCAACAAUACAGACGUGCCCAUUAACGCUCGCUCGCCCGUCUCCGCCAACUGUCCCUUUGACACUACACGCAUUUACGACACGACUCUAGCCUUGUGGUUCUCGUGCGCUCUGCUAUCAGCCAUGGAGUCUGCUCUGUCUCUGUGGUGCUUUAUAGUGGGUCUCACCCUGAGAGGCAUUGGGCCUUGUGCUCACACUUACCUCAGAGAGCAACUGGAAGAAGACGCCUUAGCACAUACAUCAAAGGUGGAUCCAGAGUUUUCAGCCCCGAGCGAGCGACUCAUUGCACACUGUUCGGUCCAGCCAUAGACAGGAAGAUCAAUCAGAAAUCUAAGAUUUGAUGAAACUCUUUGACUCUGAGCUAAUAAAGUAGAUUAUUAGCUACAGUAUUUGUAGUGUGUAGUCAGUUUUGGAAAAUGCAACUGUUUGAGCUCCCAUGUCUUUAUAUCUGUUGUUAUAUAUUAUGGAAAAAAAGAAAUGUGUUUACAAUAAUUUAUGACAUUUAAGCAUACAAUCAGGCUUUUGAGCAAAAUUGACUCAGACUAGAUUUUAUAACCAUUUAGAAUAAUUUGUUAAGAUAAAAAUAUUUCCUUCCUUAAAAAAUAUAAUUAAUAUAAAGACCAAAUGAUUAACAGUUUAGUUUACAUUUUUUAUUUAAAAAGACUUUUUUAAAUUUAAUUUGUCAAUGAACCUGUUGCUGAUUAAUCUACUUCUAUAAAAUAUAAACAAUAUGACUUCAAUCAUCAUUAUUAUUAUUUAUUUACCACACAUUUUGAGCACUCCAUAGCUAGUGGCUGUAUAAAACACUGGACAAAUCAGGAGAAAUUAGGUUGGUUCUGACAGAGAGAGAGAGAAAAGUACAGGAAUGAGAGGAACAUUUCCGUAAGGUGCUGAGGUAUAAAUAUAGUAGAAAGUUGAUGCUUAUUCUGGAUAGUUUAAAUCUUGUGUAGUUUUAAUAGGAUGAGGAGAAUCUUAGUCUCAGACCUAAUCCCAUGUGCUGAGAGGGGAAAAAGGCAAGUAUGAAGUUUGAUGUUUGGGAUAUGAUAUACUGUGUUCCUGCUGAAGCAUGAAGCUCAUGAAUUUGUAUAAAUUUUUAUGUUUUUAAUCAAUUUCCUACAUUUUACUGUACCUAAUCAAGGGUACAAUUUGUUGAUGAUAAUAAUAAUGUUUAUAUUCUUGUUACUUAUGUUUAUUUCAUUUGUACAUUAAAUGAGUUCUAAUAAAUAAAA